GGGGCAUGUGGUAGUGUACUUCCAUAGGCUCUGACGUUGUCCUCUCCUGACAGAUCUAUUUAAAUACGAGCACAGCAGCAAGUAACAACACAACAGAGAGACAGAGGGAAUGCUCCUGAGUGAAAGUGAGGUGAGAAUGAGAAUGGAGUCUGUCACUGGACGAUCUUUCAUCACACUGAGUGUAAUUUUUGCUGUGGCUAUUGUACCAAGUGAAUUGACUGAAAUGCCCUUCACUGAAUCCCUCCACACCCCUGGUGUGUCUGAAAAUACAUCAGCUACGCUGGAGCCUAUGAGAGGAGAGCACAGAGGUAAUCCCGAGACACCGAAGACAUUGAGAGUGAGGCAGCAGUGUUAUGAAGGUGGUCAGAGCUAUUGUAUGAAUGGUGACUGUAAAUACCAUGAAGAUCAGGAUCAAAUCACCAAUUAUCGCAUCUGUGUUUGUAAACCAGGCUACAUGGGACAGAGGUGUGAGCACCUCACGCUAACGACUCACACUAGCCUGGAAUCGGAACGAUACUUAUACAUCUCGAUCGCCAUUGGGAUUGGCUUGGUCUUCAGUGGUCUCACUGUCCUUCUUUACUACUGCUGUCGAAGCAGGUGUCAGAAAUCGAAGUCGAUGUACAACAAAUGCUGUGAGGAGGCGAGGGUUUGACCUUCUCUGUGACUGAUUCCCAUGACCAGUGACAAAAUAAUCCUUGGUGCUUUUAUUGACGAACGGCAUUGUGCUUUGGUGAAACUUCUUCAACACCAAGAAAUAACUUGCAAGAGACCUUUGUCUGUUUGUGUCAACAUGAUGUACUUUCAUAGCUCUGGAAGAACAAAGCAAUGUACUGAGCAUUACUUGUUGGAUUUGUGGCCUUGAGCUCCUUAGUCAAUGCAGUGAUAUUUAAGAAGGUACUAUUUCAAUAACGAUGAGACUAAUUACAGUCUGCACACCAUCUUCAAACAGCAGGCUGACUGCCCAGAACAACCCUCACCCAGGUCCUUUCCUGGUCCUGUUGGUCACAGACGGAGACUCGGUCCAGGUUGAAACCGGUUCCCAAACACUAUCUGCCCAUUCUGCCAGAAAGUCCACUUUUGGGUUUCUGUUGGGUGAGACGGACUUUUUGAGGCCUACGGGUUGAUUUCCAGUUGCCAUGUGUCACCUGACCCCUUGCUCCUCGUGGACUGAAGAGAAGACAGCCAAGGCUCUGUCUACAGAAUCCUGAAGAUGGAACACAACAGGAUGCCCAUCAGCCCAGAAACACUCAAGGUGCUGAGCCAGGGGAAAUGGUAUCAGAAGAGGCCAUUCAACCCAUCAAACCACUUCCCUCCAAUCAUUUAGAUAAUGAUCUGUGUCUUAAGUCCAGCUAGCACAGUCCCCUCACCCCCUUGUUUCCAUAGUCCUUAAGAUCCUUACCCAAUAAAGGUUUUGCCAAUCUUGGUUCUGAAAUUUGCAACUGACCUCCAAACCCUCUGACCUCCAAACUCUUUGUGGGAGAGUUAACAUAACAGUGAACGAGCUGUCACAGGAACUGGAGAGAGAAAGGCUUCUGAACAAGUAAGGGAGCCAGGAAUAGAGGAAGGUGAGGAAAGACCAGAUGGAAUGUAAGGGUUAGGGCUGGGCUUAGGGUUAGGAAGUUAAAAACCAUACAACACCAGGUUAUAGUCCAACAGGUUUAUUUGGAAGCACUAGCUAUCGGAGCGCUGCUCCUUCAUCAGGUGGUUGUUGCUCCGGAAGCUAGAGCUUCCAAAUAAACCUGUUGGACUAUAACCUGGUGUUGUGUAGUUUUUAACUUUGUACACCCCAGUCCAACACCGGCUCCUCCAAAUCAUUAAUCUUAGGGUUAGGAUUAAGAUUAGGAUUUGGGGUGCGAUAGGAUGGAAUACCUGAAAAAUUAAACGCAAAAGGGAUAAUGUUGCAAAGAGACAGGAGAUGAACAGGCCAAAUGAAGAACUGCAAGGUGGUUCCAGGGUCCAGAGGAGGUGUAAAGAACAAGAGUAAGAUUGUCACCAACAGCAAACACAAACAGACUCUCUCUGGUCUAUUCUACGAAAUCUUGAAUAGAUUACCCAUUAACUCCAGUACUUGGGGUCAGAGGUGAUAGGGUCUCCUGGGGCCCUGGAGCUGCAUGGUGGGUCUCCCAGCUGCAGGGACCAAGUGGUCUCCCUCUGCAAUGAGAUCCUGGGAUGGACUAAGGAUGGAGCUGGGUGACUGCUGUCCUUGUCUCCAUCUCCAACAGCGUGUCCUAAAUCCUUCAAACACUGUGGAAGUUUCUCUCCUCGCUCCUGACUGGUAGUUGCUGAGCCUGAACACAGGAGUGUAGCUGUCACCUCAGUAUUUGACUGAAAUAACUUCCCUCUUCUUCACCCCCUCUGUCGUCCUUUCCUGUAGACAGAGAACUUACCACCUCACACUGUAUCAAAUUGAAGACCAUGAUAACUUACAAAAACAACACAAAUGAAAUUGUCAACAAACUUCAUGCAUUGUCAAUAUUUAUUCAUUGGAAAAAUAUAAUUUAUUUCUAUUAAAUGUAGAAUCAAUUCAAAGUGUAAUAACUACAUCACAAU